GUGUGAUACUCGACAGUGUUCGAUUGGACCUAUCGCCUUGACAAAGCUGAGCUCCAAAUUUUGCUACACUUUAGAAUGCGUCUGUUAGCUUUACUCUCUGUUUUUGUUUUAUCUGUAACUUGCACUAACAUAGCUGAAGAGAAGGAAGACAUUCCUUACGACGGCAUUCACGAUCCAAGGCUUUUCGCAACUACGACAAGUACUACGACAACUACGGUCACAGUAGCUUCAACGAUCCCUUGCACCUCUGGGGCCUUUGCUGGGCUUGCCAAUCAGAUAGCAAUUGAUGCUCUCACUAAAUGUCCAAUUUCUCUCGGUCGCCGCAGACGAGGUGUUUUGGUGGAAGAAGAUGAUGAAGAACAGUUUGCCAUUAAUCCUUCAGCAAUCCAAGGGGUUGAGGCUACACAUUUAGUACCGUCAGCCCGAGAUGGACGUGCCGCUGAUCCGCAAUAUUUGAUGAUAUCUCCUUUUGGCUACCAUCAAAUACAGCCUGGCUUUUAUGGCAGUCCAUUCAACUACCGCCCUGUUGGGGUGUUGCCUCAAAACUACGCAUACUCGGCUGCUGUCGGCCAGCAACGUGCAUUCGGCACCACCAUCAGUAGCGUAUUUAAUGCAUUAGUUCCAUCUAACCUUAAGGGGACAUCGACGUCAACCAUCACGACAACCGUCUUCACUGUCGUCACUUCGCGUUCGACCGCCACCUGCAGUCCACCACCAAAUGCCCUUCGAUGCGACUAGGUUGGAUUUACUGCCAAAUAAACAGUAUACUUGAGCCCAUCAUUUGAAGAAAACCUAAACCCAUAAUUGAGCUUCACAUGAGCAGUAUAUACGAGUUACCUGUCUGUUUGCUAUUUAGCAACACUGUACCGUUGCACUAUUUAAUACAUUCCUGCAAAAAAAACACAGCAAGCUAUACUAC